UUCAAGCGGGGGAAGUAAGCUGCUCAUGCAGUUGGACGCGGACUCGUCCUGUGGUGUCACCUUUCGAAUCCCCGCCACGCUGCGCAGCUACGCUGGCCUGCAUGCAUGAACAAGGCUGGCUGGCUGGCGGCCUGCGCUGCUCGGGUUUGAGGCUGUGCCGGCUAUUUCCUGUCUUUACCCUCUCUUCUCUGUCUCUCUGUCUUCCAAUCUUACACUUUUUUUUUCUUCGUUCUGUCAAACGCUGCGCUGUUCCCCCCUUUCCCCCUAAACUGUGCCCCUGAGCAGUUGAAUCCCAAUCAACAGUCAAUCCCGGUUGUUUUACCUUCCUUUGGGCAGGCAGGCAGCCAUGGCCGAAGUCCUCGGCGUCGUGGCCAGCGGCAUCGCGGUCGCGCAGGCCGCGCAGUCGCUCGGCGGCGCCGUCGUCGCGCUGGCCCGCCUGUGGCGCGAGGUGCGCGACGUGCCCGACGCCGUCCGCGCCGUCCUCGACGAGCUCGAGCUCGCCGGCGAGGUCGUCGCCGCCAUCGAGUCCGAGCUGACUGCAGCGGCGGCGGCGGCGGGGGCGGCUGGCGUGUCCGAGUCGGGCGUGUCGGCCUUGCACGCUCGCGUCGUGCAGCGCUGUCGCGCGGCUAGGGAGGAGCUGGGUGCGUUGGUGCGCGACCUCGCGGCGGAUAUUACCUCGUCGCGCAGGAGGAAGAGGGUGUUGGCUGGGGUCAGGGUGGCGUUGAAGAAGGAUGUGUUGGAGGCGUACGAGAAGCGCCUGCGGAGGGCGCUGCGCAUGCUUGAUUCGGUCGUUCAGCUGCAUCUGGCGUCUGCUCUGAGACGGCAGCCGGAGUUAGUCGCCGCUGAGGUCACCAAAGUCCUGGCUUUGCGAGGCCCUUCUAAGAUGGCAGCGGGCGUACCGCCAAGCGAUGAACGUCAGGUCGAAGCCGACGGUGAGGAAGAACAGCAGGCGAUGGUGUCGGCUUCCCGUGCGAGUUCUGCCCGUAGCACACCUGUCGUACUCCGGCGAACCAAGUUUGACUGGGGAUUCCUCGGGUUUUCUCUGGUCCAAAAGCGGUGUGACGGUGUCUUGCUGGCUUCGCAAUCUACCAGUACCUCGUACCGGUUGCGGUUGUCACCUCCGCAGUGGUUACUGAAAAAGGCCUGGGACCUCCAAAUCUCGAUGGCAUACUCUGGCUGGAAGACCUGCUUCCGGCAGUAUGUGGUUGUGCCAAACGACUCCGAGAUAUGGGAUGUGUUCCGGCGCUCAGAAUCAGAAUUUGACGAGCUGCUGAGGCUCUUCAACAACGGACUCGCCUCGCCCUUUUCUAUGGACACACAUGGCCACACCCUGUUGCAUUGGGCCAUUUCGUUCCGGCCAGAGUUUAUCGAGCCCCUGCUACGAAUCGGGCUUGAUUUCUACGCCAACCCCAGGAACGCAUUGGAUGCUUAUCUUCUUACCGAAAACUAUUAUGGACCUAAAGCAGUGCUUAUACACCAGGCCAUGCUGUCUCACGGUGUCUACGACGAGGCGGAUGCUGACACCAGUUGGUGGGCGAUUUUGCGCAUGUUGGGGAAUCCGCAGGUCUUCGACUCCAUGCUCGCAAACGUUUUCCCAGACCUGUAUCAAUGGCCGCUCGAUAGCCGGCUCAGCCGGCUCAGUGAAAUCGUCAUUGUGCGCGACACAAAUAUCCGGUUAAUUGGCCGAUUCUUGCACCCCGACGGCCGUUUCCGACUGAGCGACCUCCGCAGGCGGGUACCCUGGUACAGCCAGCUCUUCAGACCAACCCACACCGUCUUCGAUAUGCUCGCUGCCAUUUACUUCAAAAAGAGCUAUGACGCCCAGUGGAGGCAAACCACAUAUGACCGCGACAUGAUAGACCUGUGGAACGAGACGCGAAUUGCCUUCCGCGACAUCGCCGCCACGGCGGACUACUGCGAUCUCUGUUCUGUCAGAAGUAAGAACGGAAGGACGGUACUAUGGAGGGAAAUGGAUUGGAUAAUCCGGAGGUUGUGUCAGCGGUCGUACUUCUGGGAGGCUCUCGUCUCCAACUUGCGGCGCUAUCGGAUCGCCAAACUCGAGAUUCAUCAGAUUGUUCAUCAGAUUCUUCGACACUGGCUGGAAGAUUUGCAAGCGGGCGGCAAGGAUCUUGAGGUAUACGGAAGGGCGGAGCUCGCUGCUUUCCGCCGUCACGGCCCACUCCGCUGGUCGAAAUUGCCCGAGUGUAAAUGGAGCGGCUUUACGUUUGGAUCGCGGCCUGAAGAGUGGAGUCUCACCUGGGAAUGGGACCCUGAUGUGGAGGGACUGGUGGGAGACUUUUGGGCUUGGACUGAGAAGUUGGUGGGAGACUCUGGGGUUUGGACUGAAGAUCCUCCUCUGCAUGUGCCAGGCUCGUGGGUCGAUGACGUCGACGAUGACUUCGAGGACCGUUGGUGGUAAGAGACUAAGGGACCGGUCUCAGAUGCCUCGGACAGUGCCUUACCGCGCCACUGGGUAGUGUGAAAAUGAUCCCUGCCACCGUUUUGCAUUGGCAAAUACAUCCUCCGUUUAGGGGGAGCGUCUUACUGCUCUAAAAAUAGUCCCUACACCAAUUCCCCGUAUCAGUAGCGUGUUGCAACCUACACUGGUGUUAUAUAUUGAGAACCAUCCCAGUAUACAUUCUGU